AUGCUGAAUUAUGAUGAAAUUCUGGGGAUAGCAUACUUGCAACUAACUGGACUUGGAUUCCUAGGGAAUUGUAUCCUCCUAUGCCUAAACACCAUUAAUUUCUUCAUUGAUCAUAAAACAAGACCUAAAAAACUACUUAUCAUUCAUUUGUCUUUUUCCAAUGCCAUGUUGCUUCUCUUUAGGGGAAUACCUACUGUGACAAGGCUUUGGAGGGUCAAAUGUUUCCUAAAUGACCUUGGGAUUGGUAUAAUAACAUACAUGCAGAUAAUAUCCCGGAGCCUUUCUCUGGCUAGCACCUGCCUCUUGAGUGCCUUCCAGGCCAUCACCAUUAGUCCCAAUGACUCCAGAUUGGCAGAGCUCAAAAUGAAAGCACCAAAGUGCAUCAUGCCAAACAUUCUUCUUUGCUGGGUUUUCUGCCUACUAUUACAUAUGAUUAUACUGCCAUACCAACCUGGUAAAAAGAACACUACAGACACUAAAGAUGGAUGUAACACUGGAAUUCGACCUCUAGAUAUGCAUAACAAAAAUCAUAUAAAACUUAUAAUCAUAGCAUGUAUGCAUCAUAUUUUGCUUUUGUGCCUCAUGACAUGUUUUAGUGUUUACAUGGUCCUAAUUCUACACAGGCACAAGAGACAUGUUCGUCAUAUUCAUAGUAAUAGUCUCUCCAUAAAAACAUCACCUGAAACCAGAGCCACCCAAACAAUUCUGAUUUUAGUGGGAACCUUUGUUUUGUUUAAUAUACUCAGUCCUGUUUUUAUUAUACAUAUGCUCUAUACUAAAUUCACAAACAAUUGGAUGAUACAUACCUCAGGCUUUCUCUCUCUGGGAUAUCCAACAAUCAGUCCUUUUAUUUUGAUCAACAUUGAAAAACAGAUCCCCAGGAUUUGUGUUCAAUAG